GAAGGCUCAAGUGUAAACUGCCAGCCAGCCAGGCAGCCAGCCAGCCAGAACAUACUUGGCUCCCAAUUACACUUUCUUUCUACUCUCUUCAAUGUCUUCCAUUCCUCACUUCCACUCUGACCACAUCUUCUGUAAUGAAUUCUGUGAAUUCCCAAACCCUUUAUCAGGCGGCAGCACUGGCGGUGCUCCUCCAAUGUGGGUAGAUCAAAGCUUACCCAUCUUUGACAAUGGAGCUCUUGACGUGGUGCCACAGCAGCCUGACUUCACAUCAUUUUCCAUGACACCAUUCCUGGAGCACUUCGGGGUCUCCGACAUGGCGGUUCCUGUGCUGCCCGAGCUCAAAGCCGGGUUGCCUGACAAUAUCUCUGGAAGUCGAAGCUUUGAUUCAGCUUCUGGAUACUACAGGGAUGUGUGCGAGCUGGGGGAGGAAUAUUGCAAUGGUUUUGUUCAAGAUUUCCACUCUGUUUAUCCUGCUUCCAAUGAUAACUGGGGUUUUCAAGUUAGCACUCAAGUGCCAGUACUGGAAGAAACCAGUAUGAAGGUUGGAAAGUACUCGGUUGAAGAAAGGAAGGACAGAAUUCUAAGGUAUCUGAGGAAGAGAAAUCAAAGGAACUUCAACAAAACUAUCAAGUAUGCAUGCCGCAAGACCCUAGCUGACAAGAGGGUUCGAGUUCGGGGAAGAUUUGCCAGAAACAACGAACCAUGCGAAGGAGAAGCAGCAACCAAGAAGAACAAUAAUCUUUAUGAGGACAUAGAAUUUUGCAACAAUGAAACUGUCAAGAUUGAUCACGACAGGGAGGAUUGGCUACAAGACGCGAUCGCGAGUCUCAUGUGUUUGCCUUAGAUUUCUGGGUGACAACAGAAAUUAAUGGAGCCAUUGACAAAAGGAGAAACUAAUAGACCAGAUUCAUGGUAUUGAAGCAUUUACCGAAGCUUUUACGUGAUUUCAAAAAAUGUAACAUCCAUAAACCAUUGCUUGUUCUAUAACUAACUUGGUUACUGUUUACAUGUUUCGACCAGUUAUGAAGAUCAAUGCCUAGUGAUGAUUAAUUAGUGAAGCUAAAGUGUAUAUAUUGGCAAAUAUUUCGAAUAUUUAUGUGACUUCUUGACA